CGUUACUUGCUCCAUAAAAGAUAAAACAGCCCUGUCAGCCUUGUCGACAUGCACAGCCUCAUCUCACCCUAGCGCGGGGUAAAUGCAGAGAUCAGGUCAGAUCGACCUCGACCAUGUCCGUUUCAGCUCCUCACAUUACCACUACUUACUUAUCCAACUGGUCAGUAAUGGAAGCCGCUGGGCUGGCAGUCGGCGUUGUUGGGCUGCUGGCUCUGUACGACGAGGCCGCCACCACACUGUACUCAAUCAAGCACUUCUCUUCCGAAAGCCUCCGGGUGGCAUCCCGGUAUAACGCUACAAAGGUUCUAUUCGAACGAUGGGGGAAGGAGUUUCGGGUUGCAGAAAAGAGCGGCGUGCAUCCAGGCCUCAAUGACCAAGCCACAGUCACUGCUGUUGCAGACUUGCUGAAAUCCGUCCGCGACGUGUUCGCAAAGGCCGACUCGACCAUGUCCAGAUAUCAUGGUCAGAACCCGUUUCUCGCGAAUGAUGCUGACUCCGUCAAAGCGCACUUCAGAUCCCGUGUCAAGUGGGCUGUUGCGGACGGUAAAAGACUCUCCAGCCAGGUCCAGGAUUUUGAUGAUUUGGUACAGAAGCUGUAUUCUCUUGUUCCUCCAGGGGAUCUUCAGAAUAACCAGUUUCAGAAACUGCAAGAUGCGCUCGUCCAGUCACAGCGUACUGAAGCUCUCAGUCAAGCUACACACUGGUUAGAUGCAAUGACGACAGAAAACAGCUAUGAUGCCUAUUGCUCUGCGCGUCUUGAUACCACCUGCGGCUGGAUUGAUACACACCCUGUCUAUCGAGCCUGGUGUUCAGAAAGAACAGCAAAAUCGUCCAAGAUAUUAUGGAUCAACGGCCCGCCUGGUUUUGGGAAGUCUGUUCUGUGUGCAUAUAUUAUCACAUCGCUCCUAAGCAGGAAUAAUCAUCCCGUCUACUACUUCUUCUGCUCUGGCGACAGCGAGUCUCAGCGAAAUCCUAGUUCUAUCCUGCGGGCAUGGAUAUACCAAGCCAUGCAUCAAGACGAGGCCAUGCUUGAUAUCGUACUGCAGUAUCUCAGCUCAUGCCGAAACACUAAAGCAACGCUCUCGGAUCUUUGGCAGCUAUUGAAGAAGCUCAUGUCGCACUGUCCAAACGCUGUGUUUGCAGUGGACGGUCUGGACGAGUGUCCGCGAAGCACAAACCGGGUUGACUUGCAUCGGAGCAGGGAGGACAUUCUAAGCGAGCUUGUAAAAGUGUCAGCAGAGGCUGAAGCCCGAGUUCUUGUGGUCAGUCGAAAUGAGGGCGAUAUCAGGUCCCAACUGAGCCCUCAUGGUCCACAGCCAUCUGGCAUCAAGAUAUACGAGCUGUCAAUCACCAGAGACCUUGUUUCUAGCGAUGUUACACGCUUCGCACAGCAUGUUGUCAAUCAUAAACUCCCUGGAAAAACGGGCCGGUUUAACCAAGGCCUUGCGGCUCGUAUGGCUGAAAAAGGCGAUGGAAUGUUCCUGUUUAUACGACUACAGAGCCAAAAUCUCCGGCCACGCAAGGGAAAUAGUCAGCUCCAGCGCGCAGUGGACGAGAUGCCAACUGACCUUCUCCAAAUAUAUCGGCGAAACUGGAUCGAUAUCCAGAAACACGACCGGUCUGAUAGAGAACGUGCAGAGGCAAUUCUGCGCUGGGUUACUUUCUCCUGUCGUCCACUCACGAUCGCAGAGCUUUCUGAAAUCGUUGCAGUCCUAGAAGAUGAUGAAAACAACGGUCCGAAAUUUGAUGAUCUGCCGGACCCAUUUGACAAUGAAUACGUGGACUCCGAGAUUCUUGGUCUAUGCGGCUCGUUUUUGGAGCUGCGGGCUUCGGGGACAAAUACAGAAUGGGGGUCACAAACUGUCCACUUGAUCCAUCACUCUGCGGAAGAAUUUUUCUUGGGUGAUCAUAGUGAUUCUCCUUUCCCUGACCAUCCGUUCCAGCAUUAUCGGUUACUUAAAAGCUGUCUUACCUAUUUGGAUCACGAAUAUACCUGGCAGCCCGACGAACGUGAGGACCGGGGAAUAAUAUACCAGCGUCCAUUUCUUACAUAUGUUGUGCGACAGUGGUAUAACCAUUUGGGCAAAUCCAAUGUGCAUCUAGACCAGCUGCAACCACGGCUUCAGUCUUUCUUUGGCGUGUUCAAUCCCAAUUGGGACAACUGGAGACAGCUGAAUGAGGCAUACCAUGAUACAAGUUCAGAGAUCUUGCGCUCCAAAGACGGUCGUUCAGCGGAAGAAAGUACCCAGUCUCAAAAUUUGCCGGGAACUAGAAUGUACUACGCAGCUCUCUUUGGGCUUGAGAGAGUUGUAAGAUAUCUGUAUAGCACGGGGGUGGCAUAUGCCAACGAAGCCGGUGGAUACUUUGGCAAUCCAGUCCAAGCCGCCGCCGGAAACGGCCACCUGGAUGUUCUGAAGUUCCUCCUUGAAAUAGGAGCCGAUAUACAUUGGCAUGGUCGAUAUGGCAGCGCGCUCCAUGCUGCUGCUGCCUACAAUCAAGAUCAGGCAGUCAUCGAAUUACUACAACACGGUUCAUCCAUAUCAGCUACUGAUGAUGCAGGAAGAACGUCACUAUUGACAGCAGUAUAUAACGAAAGUCAAAGCGUGACCCAAAUUCUUGUCGCUGAGGGUGCGGAUCUAUCUGUCCGUGAUAAUAAUGGGCAGACCUGUCUUCACCUCGUAGCACGCAGCGGAAAUGUUACAAUGGCCAAACUACUCCUUCAAAAUAAAGCCAUCGUCUCGUCCACUGAUAAAUAUGGGUACACUCCUCUCUAUUUAUCAGCGGGGUACGGCAACGUCGAUAUAGCGAUAGCUUUACUGGACUCUGGCGCGGAUCUUACAUCCCCGGAUACCAAUGGGUUUACACCUCUACAUAAUGCCUCUUCCUGGGGCCAAUUUGAAAUAGCCAAGUUGUUCAUUGGUCUUGGCGCAGAUACUGGUGCAUUAACUAAUAGAAAAAGCACGCCUCUGCAUUUUGCAGCCCGAAAUAGCAACUACAACAUAGUCAAACUGUUCCUUGAAUCUGGGGCAGAUGUUUCUGCGUUGGACGAAAAUUCAGAUUCCCCUCUCAACCUUGCAGCUUGGCAAGGCCACUAUGAUGUGGUUCGAUUUCUCAUUGAUUCUGGGGCAGAUGUUUCCACUCAGGACCGCAACGGAGACACUCCAUUGAACUUAGCAUCCCACCAGGGUCACACUGAGGUAGUAAAGCUGCUUAUUAACACUGGUUCAUGUGUCUUGACCCGUAAUAUUCUGGGAGAUUCAUCAUUACAUUUGGCAUCCUGGAGAGGUCAUCUGGACGUGGUAGAAGUUCUCAUUAGAGCUGGUGCAGCUGUUGAUACACAAAACGAGAAUGGUCAGACACCUCUUCAUUAUGCCUUUCAGAAAAGGUUCAAGGAUAUAAUCCUAGCUCUUAUUGAUAACAAGGCGCCGCUGGAUUGUCUGGACUUCUGUGGAAUGGCGCCAUGGCAAUAUUCCAGUGCAGAGUUUCGAGCAAGAAUCCCUCAAUGUGAAAAUUGCAAAGCUCCCACCGAGAAUUCCCGGCGACAAAUGGCUAGAGCCUCGAUACAAAUGAUCGUAAAGACGAUAAGCCCAAUGACGGCAAAAAGCUUGGUUUCACUACGUUGUCUAGGAAAUUGCCUCCAGCUGCAGCAGGAUUUUGCGUCUGCAUCUAUCGUCUGGGAUCAAACCAUUUGGCAAAAAUCAGAUAACGGAGGCUAUAAAUUCGCUGCGGCCUGUGAUAGCUGCGGUCGAAAUAUUAUUGGGCAACUAUACUCUUGCUGCGUCUGUCCAGGUUUCGACCUAUGUGCAUCUUGUAUGAAGCAGUAUUCAGAGGGUAACCGCUUUCAUGACUGUACUGGGCAUGAGUAUUUACGUGUACCAAGCGAGGAUUGGAAUCCCCAAGAUAUGAGUGAUGUUUACACGCAGGAGUUUGUGGACUGGCUAAAAGACCUUGCGCUUCGAUAUCAGAUGGAGGGUUUAUAAGCUUGCACUCUUGUUUGUGACAUUUCUUUCAGAAGAUGUUGCAUUUUCUACGCAAUUUAGAUAGCAAUAUAAAUUUCAAAUAGCCAAUGGGCCAUGGUCCAAAUUGCAAAGUCAAGAAAAGUUAU